UUGGGCUCGGAUCUAGGUUGCGUUAACAUGGCGAAACGCACCAAGAAGGUCGGAAUUGUGGGCAAAUACGGGACCCGUUAUGGUGCCUCCCUCAGGAAAAUGGUGAAGAAAAUUGAAAUCAGCCAGCACGUCAAGUAUACCUGCUCCUUCUGUGGCAAAACCAAGAUGAAGAGAAGAGCUGUGGGCAUUUGGCACUGUGGUUCCUGCAUGAAAACUGUAGCUGGUGGUGCCUGGACCUACACCACCACUUCUGCUGUCACAGUAAAGUCUGCCAUCAGAAGACUGAAGGAAUUGAAGGACCAGGAGAAGCACCACCAUUUGAUAAUGUUGCUAGCCUAUAAUAAAUGGGUUAAUUUAUGUCAUAAAAAAUAAAAAAAUAAAAAUAAAUAAA